AUGACCCUCGUUACGGCAAUCCCGGAGCAUUUACAGGUCGAACGAGCCAUUCCGGCCUCUACGCCGGCCAACUAUGAGCCUCCUUUCCCUGCAUACAGCGCCCAGUUUGCCAAGGAUGUCUCAAGUUUGGUAAUGGCCGUCAUUGGUGCCCAGUUCCCUAGCAAGACGGGGAAAGAAGCGGCUGCCAUCUCCAAGGUGAACUCGUUUUUGGCAUUUCCUGGUGAAGAUGGAGAGAAAGCCCUUGGUCCAGAGUUUUCUGAAUGGGCAGCCGUGACUGACCACAAGGGCUAUUACAACAUCACUGCUCUUGCUUAUUGGAAAAGCGAGGAGGCGUACCAGAAAUGGACAACAAAAUCUGGCUUUAGGUCCUGGUGGGAAAGCCUUGAUACGCAGGAACAAGAGAAUGGCUGGUUCCUCGAAGUCUUCUUCCCAACCAUGGACAGGUUCGAGACGGUAUUUUCCAGCGGGGAGAUUCCUGAGGGAGCAGCCGAAAUGCGAGAUGGAGUUGUCGGACCUAUCAAGGAGCACGUCUACUGGGGAAGCAUGCGAGAUCGUCUGGCAGUUGCGCAGACAGACGCCCUCAAAGGCGAAGAGUUCCUCAGGGCCCCUGCAGAACAGGCACCAAAUGGAAAUCUGUCUCGGAGGAUCCGAGUCCCUGGCAAGCAGAACCUGGCCAUCAUUCGCUCAGGGCAAGACUGGGCCGACACGGCACCUGAAGAGCGGAAGCUGUACGUCAAGACGAUGCACCCGGUGCUCGAAGCAGGGAUGACCUUUCUCCGAGAUCAUGGGGAUGAGGUUGGCUGUUAUAGCUGCCGGUUCAUGGAUAUUGUCGACCCCGUCACGAGAAAUGCGGACAAAGACCGAACAUUUGGGUUGGCGUAUUUCGACGAGCUUGCCUCUCUUGAGAAAUGGAGCAGGGAGCAUCCCACACACCUGGCCAUCUUUGGUGGGUUUCUCAAGUACGCGGCCCAGCUGAACAAUGUCAUUACGCUCCGCCUGUUUCACGAGGUGCUGGUGGUCAAGCCGGAGCAGCAGCUGUUUGAAUACGUCGGGUGUCAUCCAGAGACGGGGAUGCUGGUAGCGAAAUGA